UGAUCGUCUCUGUUCGUCUUCCGGAUAUGAAAGUGUAAAUUUCUAAAACACCGAAUCAUCUGAAACCGAUUGAUAUGAUUGAUUGGCAGUCUAAGUGGAAAACUAUAAGUAGGGUGUUAUCGAAUGAAAAUAGUCUAUUCGAUUCGGAAUUCAGGAGAUUGUGGAACCAUGGGCGCUGUAUCUAGCUCUCAAUUAUACCUGUUGGUUAUCGGUUUCGUUUGCAUCGCGUUGAGCAAUGUUUUCACUUUACCCGCAACUUCUAGCCCAUCGCCUACCCAACAGUUAAGCCUACCAAUCUCCCAACACAAUGGCGAAGAUUACAGUGAGUCGGAACAGACAAAUACCGGUUGUGUAGACGGUGAGAAAAAAGCUGAACACAAACAUCUAACAGCCAAAGAAGAAAUGCAACUGCGUAUUGAAUUGUUUAAAUUGAAAAUACUGCAGAAGAUUAAUCUAAAAGAGGCGCCAAAUGUCAGUAAAUCAUUGCAUGAAUUUCCGAAAGUACCACUGAAUAAUUUUAAGAAAACUAUUGUUACUGUGAAUGACAAACCGGUAGAGAACAACGCUCAAAAAGGGCAAAGUGUAGAAAGUGCCGCCAUUCUAGCUGACAAAAUUUCCUCUGAUUUGGUGUUUGGUGCAUUGUCAUCAAUUGUGACAUUUAAACUAAAAACAAGCACUUUACGUAGCUACGACGAAGUGGUUAAGGCACAGGUGUGGAUCUUUAUAAAACCUACAACACUCCGACACAACUAUGGUAUCCGUGUUUCUACUGACAUCGAUGGCAACGUUGUGUACGCAGAUGUACUAGAUUCGCCUACGACGAACGACUGGGUAUCGGUCGAUCUCACAGAGCAAAUGCAUCGCUGGAUUCUUCGUGUAAACGAAGGCAUUGAUAACAUGACGGAAAAUGUAGAAUAUACCGUUUACCUUGACGUUCCGACAAUUUCGUUGGGUUUCACUAAAGACGAACGGCCUACGUUGAUUAUUUCUGGAAGGCAACAGGUUAAGAAAAGAGAGUCUAGAAGUACGGCAUCUUGUUCAGAUGACACGAGCCAGUGCUGUGUCCAGCCUCUUACAGUUACAUUCAGUGAGAUCGGAUGGGAUGAAUGGAUCAUGGCACCAGACUCUUUCAGUGUUAACUACUGCAAAGGACAUUGCGAUGACUCCAACAGUGCUUUGUAUAACAGUACACUGGCAUUAAUGGGAUACGCCAGACACACUCCAAACAGUCUCCAGCUGAACAGUUGCUGCGUACCAUCGGUUCUCAAACCUCUUCAGGUCAUCUACCAAUCGGACGCCACUGAUGUAUCUGGUGCGCCGGUGUUCGUUGAUAUUAUUAUGGAUGACAUGAUAAUCGAAGAAUGUGGCUGUAUGUAAACAAUUGCGAUCAAUACCCUGGCAAAUUAUCUAACUGAAUUUCAGAAUAUGCAUAGGCUUAUGUGAUUAUGAUUUAGUUCAGUUUUCAUUUUCUGCAAGGAAAAAUUUUUUUUAUCGCAGUGCACUAUUUUUAUGACUAUUAUCUUGCAUUAGCCUGAUUCAAUGCCUACUGCAUAAAAUCAUGCCAAACACAAAACUGUCCGAUACGGUAGUUAGUUUUUUAUGGCGGGCUGACCUUUUGGAUUGUUUUUUAGAAAACUGUAAAUGUCUCUCCUAAAAUUCUCCCCCCCUCCCCUUGCAAUAAUAUUACUUCCUUAAUAUUUACCGAAUUAUA